ACCGCGGGCUCGCGAGCUUCAGGUCAUCUGGAAGUCCGCGAGCAUCAACCGACAGAAAGGCGACGGACAGCACCGACAACACCGACACACCGACACACACACACACACACACACACACACACACCGACACACACACACAGACAUCAGAUGAGGAGAGAACAAGGAGAGACUGGUUCAGUGUGAGAGAGCCGUGAUGGAGACGCGGUGAAUCAACAGGACGAGGCGCGAGACGGUCUCAACAAUGUCAGCGGGGUUUGUUCCGUUAAAUUGUCAAUGAACACCAACAUCUGAUCCACCACAGAAGAAGAAACCGGGACUGGAUCCUCCGGUGUGACACGGUGAGGCGCACAGCACCGAGCACUCGGCACCGGAGGGCUUCAAUAUUUCACUUAGUAAUUAAUACAACAACAACAUCCACCUUUAACCUGACGGACCCGAGGACCGGACAGAACCGGACACGGCACCAGCUGACGGUACCGAGCCCACACUGGGAGCACUGGGAGCACUGGGAGAGAUCACCGUGAUCUGAAGAAAUCACAGACGGUGAAAUCAACAGGAGACUCGACGACGCAGUUUGUAACGGAAUUCUGACCCUGAGGCGGAGAACUGGGUUGGAUCUGACAGAGACCUGCUGCAGGACCAGGACCAGGAUCUGAACCAGGACCAGGAUCUGAGCCAGGACCAGGAUCUGAGCCAGGACCAGGAUCUGAGCCGUCUGUAAACAUGGAGCUCCUUCGUGGCGUGCUCCUCCUCACCGUGCUGCAGUGCUGUUCUGUGGCCCGUGGCGGCUGUGAGCCUCGGCUGGUGAACAUCGGCGCCGUGUUGAGUCAGAAGCGCUACGAGCAGGUGUUCAAGGAGGCGGUGAGCCAGGCCAACACGCUGUACGGGAAGGAGAAGUUCAAGAUGAACGCCAUCUCCGUCACUCACAAACCCAACGCCAUCCAGAUGGCUCUGUCCGUCUGCGAGGACCUCAUCUCCAACCAGGUGUAUGCGAUCCUGGUCAGUCACCCUCCUCAGUCCAACGACCACCUGACUCCGACACCUGUCUCCUACACCGCCGGUUUCUACCGGAUCCCUGUGGUCGGCCUGACAACACGCAUGUCCAUCUACUCUGACAAGAGCAUCCACCUGUCGUUCCUGAGGACGGUGCCUCCGUACUCCCACCAGGCUCAGGUCUGGUUCGACCUGAUGAGAGAGUUCAGGUGGAAUCACAUCAUCCUCAUCGUCAGCGACGACCACGAAGGCCGAGCGGCUCAGAAGAGACUGGAGACGCUGCUGGAGGAGAGGGAGACCAAGACUAAAAACAGGAACUAUGAAAACCUCGACCAACAGAACUUUGACUUCAGGAGAACACCCAAGGCGGAGAAGGUGCUGCUGUUCAGUCCAGACACCAACCUGACGGCUCUGCUGCUGGAGGCCAAAGACCUGGAGGCCCGAGUCAUCAUCCUCUCUGCCAGCGAGGAUGAAGCGGCGGCGGUGUAUAAGGCGGCGCGGCAGCUCAACAUGACCGGCUCUGGUUACGUGUGGCUGGUCGGGGAGAGAGAGAUGACGGGCAAAGCGCUGAGUGAAGCUCCAGACGGCCUGCUGGGCCUCCAGCUGAUUAACGGUAAGAACGAGUCGGCUCACAUCGCGGACGCCGUGGCGGUGGUGGCUCAGUCUCUGCAGGAGCUGUUUGAGAAGGAGAACAUCACAGAGCCGCCGCGGGGCUGCGUGGGAAACACCAACAUCUGGAGGACCGGACCGCUUUUUAAACGAGUGCUGAUGUCGUCCAAGUACCCUGACGGUCUGACAGGACGGAUCGAGUUUAACGACGACGGCGACCGACGCUUCGCCACUUACAGCAUCCUAAACUACCAACAGAAGCCAGGUCGCCUCGUCCAGGUCGGAGUCUUCAAUGGAUCACAGGUUGUGAUGAACCCUCAGAGGAAGAUCAUCUGGCCUGGAGGAGAGACAGAGAAACCAGUCGGAUACCAGAUGUCGACUAAACUGAAGAUUGUGACGAUCCAUCAGGAGCCGUUUGUUUAUGUGAAGCCAACAAAGACUGACGGGACGUGUAAAGAAGAGUACACCGUCAACGGAGUCUUAAUCAAGAAGGUGAUCUGUACUGGACCCAACGGGACCAUACCAGGUCAGCCCAUCGUCCCUCAGUGUUGCUAUGGUUUCUGCAUCGACCUGCUCAUCAAGCUGGCGAUGAGCAUGAACUUCACCUACGAGGUUCACCUGGUGGCUGAUGGGAAAUUUGGCACGCAGGAGCGAGUCAACAACAGUAACAAGAAGGAGUGGAACGGGAUGAUGGGGGAGCUGCUGGGAGGUCUGGCCGACAUGAUCGUCGCUCCCCUCACCAUCAACAACGAGCGCGCUCAGUACAUCGAGUUCUCCAAACCCUUCAAAUACCAGGGACUCACCAUCCUCGUCAAGAAGGAAAUCCCUCGCAGCACUCUGGAUUCAUUCAUGCAGCCGUUCCAGAGCACACUGUGGCUGUUAGUCGGUCUGUCGGUCCACGUGGUGGCAGUGAUGCUUUACCUAUUAGACCGGUUCAGCCCGUUUGGAAGGUUUAAAGUGAACAGUGAAGAAGAAGAAGAAGACGCCCUCACCCUGUCCUCUGCCAUGUGGUUCUCAUGGGGAGUACUGUUGAACUCUGGGAUAGGAGAAGGAGCUCCCAGGAGUUUCUCAGCGAGGAUUCUGGGUAUGGUGUGGGCAGGUUUCGCUAUGAUCAUCGUAGCAUCGUAUACUGCCAACCUGGCAGCCUUCCUUGUGUUGGACCGGCCUGAGGAGCGCAUCACUGGCAUCAAUGACCCCAGGCUGCGUAACCCAUCAGAUAAGUUCAUCUACGCCACAGUGAAGCAGAGUUCGGUGGAUAUCUACUUCAGACGGCAGGUGGAGCUGAGCACCAUGUACCGGCACAUGGAGAAACACAACUAUGAGAGCGCUGCUGAGGCCAUUCAGGCCGUCAGAGACAAUAAACUUCAUGCCUUUAUCUGGGACAGCGCUGUGUUGGAGUUCGAGGCAUCACAGAAGUGCGAUCUAGUGACGACAGGAGAGCUGUUCUUUCGCUCCGGAUUCGGGAUUGGAAUGAGGAAAGACAGUCCGUGGAAGCAGAACGUUUCUUUGGCCAUUCUCAGCUCUCAUGAGAAUGGCUUCAUGGAGGAUCUAGACAAAACAUGGGUUCGAUACCAGGAGUGUGACUCCAGGAGCAACGCCCCCGCUACCCUAACCUUCGAGAACAUGGCAGGUGUGUUCAUGCUGGUUGCCGGGGGCAUCGUCGCCGGGAUCUUCCUCAUCUUUAUCGAGAUCGCUUACAAACGUCACAAAGACGCUCGGAGGAAACAGAUGCAGCUGGCCUUUGCUGCUGUGAACGUCUGGAGGAAGAACCUGCAGCCGUACCCGACUGACAUCACCGGACAGCUCAACCUAUCAGAUCCCUCCGUCAGCACGGUGGUCUGAGAGCGACCCAGAGAGAGCUACACUGCUGCUGCUGAGCCACACACACACAGAGACACACACACACACACACACACAGGCCCUCUGGACAAACACACACACGUCAUAUGAUAUAAACACAUGAAACACACAGAUGGACAGACUGAGCGUCCUCUGAGACAGGAAGUAGAAUAUGAUGACAUCAGGACUUUUGGACAGCAUCAUACUGUGCAAACACACACACAUACACACACACCAUCUGUCAUCUCAACCCUACACACACACACACACACACACACACACACACACACACACUCGCCUUGCUCUGCUUGUAGCCGUCGGCCUCAUCCACCCAGAGGGUCUUUUAUUUUGAAAGAACUGUCUCUGAUAGGUUUUAUUUUGGUUGAUGUCUUUGAUGUUGUACAGUUUCCUGUUUCCUGUUUCCUGUCCGUCACGCCGACCCAUCUAUCCUCCGAUUCUUGCCGGAAACUCGAGCUCCAGCCCGCAAACACACCUGCCGAUCGAUCGGGAACCUAUUGAUCGAUCAGGAACUUGUUGAUCGAUCGGGGAACCCGUCGGUCGAUCGGGGACCAGAUCACGGUUCAGAGCGUGGUGGGUGGGCGGAGCCUCUGGGACAGGAAGCGUUUUCUUUAACGCGUCCUGCGUCACUGAGCCAGACGGUGGGGAGCCAUCAGCGCUGAGGCUCAUGGGUAAUGAAGUCCUGGUUCAGUGAGUCAGGAGGAAACUUUGUUUGAACCAACAGUCAGCAUUUAUCAGACGUAUAUAAAGAGUUAAUAAACAGAUUAUUACACAAUGAUUUCUGCAGAUAUGACGACUUUUUGUUGUUUAUUGUGUUUAUUUAUGAGGUGUUUAUUUAUAAACAUUCUUCACCCUCAUAAACAAAGUGAUGAAGAUGAUGAGGAGCAGCUGUAGAGAUAUGACUCAUCUGAUCUGAAGUCUUUAUAUCUGCUGUGUUAUAAACUGUUUAUUAACUGUUAUACUGCUUAUAAAUGCUGAACAGAGAGGUUAAAGUUCAACUCAUCAAUAAUAAACAUUAUUACAAAGGAAAUGAUC